AUGGGUCUUUUCUCAAGAAAACGAGACCAUACACCUGCUGUGCCCAAGGAGAAACUUAUUCCAUGCGAUAAAAUAUUCUUAGACCCUCCCGCAAAGUACGGUAGUGCAACUCCACUGGAGCCAAUUUCCGAGGAUCAAAAUGAAAAAUAUAGAGCUGUUUUACUGCAUUUCCAAGACGACAAUUUAAAAUUGCCGGAAAAUAUUAACGAGCUUGACAACGGGAUCCACACCAAUGCAAGACCCUUGAGUGAUUGGGAAAAAUUUUGGCUUUCUAGAGAAUGCUUCUUGAGAUAUUUAAGAGCCAAUAAAUGGGAUACCGCAAACGCUAUAAAGGGGGUGACCAAGACUUUGGUCUGGAGGAGAGAAAUCGGUCUUACACAUGGUAAAGAGGAUAAAGAUCCUUUAAAUGCAGAAAAGGUUGCCAUUGAGAAUGAAACAGGUAAGGAAGUUCUUUUAGGUUUCGAUAAUGCCAAGAGACCGCUAUAUUACAUGAGAAAUGGUCGUCAAAACACAGAGUCUUCGUUUAGACAAGUCCAACAACUGAUUUACAUGAUGGAAUCGGCAGUCACCGUAGCUCCUCAAGGCGUAGAGAAGAUCACAGUCUUAGUAGAUUUUAAGAGUUAUAAAGAACCAGGUAUUAUCACAGAUAAAGCGCCCCCAAUUUCUAUUGCUAGAAUGUGUCUGAACGUUAUGCAAGACCACUAUCCUGAGAGAUUAGCCAAAUGUGUCUUGAUUAAUAUUCCGUGGUUUGCAUGGGCUUUUCUGAAAAUGAUGUAUCCAUUUCUGGACCCUGCCACUAAAUCGAAGGCUAUAUUCGAUGAACCAUUCGAAAACCAUAUAGAGCCUUCUCAAUUGGAUGCACUCUACAAUGGUCUAUUAGAUUUUAAAUACAAACAUGAGGUUUAUUGGCCGGACAUGGUCAAGAAAGUUGACGAUUUACGAUUGAAGCGUUUUGAAAGAUUUGUGAAGUUCGGCGGCGUUAUUGGACUAAGUGAAUAUGAUACCAAGGGCCAACAUGACGAGUUGAAAUAUCCUGUUGACAUGGUCAUUUCAUAA